AGUUGAGAAAACUAAAAAGCUAACUAUAGGAAUAAUAAUUUGGAGACUCAUUUUGAAUCAUCUGUGUCUUAAAUAAAUUUUAUUUACCUUAUUACCUACUUAAUCGUAAUUAAACUUUAUAUUUAACAAUCGUUGAAAUUAAACAUGUUUUUUUAUUCGUGGUUAGAAUGUUUGUAAUUAAAAGGCUAUCAAAUAAAUAUGGAAGAUUUGACACAGGAAAUUAACCUUUUAAAAAUUUAGUCACUUGAAAGUUUUUGAUUGAAAAUGAGUAGUUUACCGUAUUUAAAAAAAUUGAACAAUGCAUUUACUAUAUUUUCCAGAUCUUAUGCCUUUAAGAGCGAUUUAAAAAUAAAAUGGGUUCGUCCUGAAAAAAUACCAUGUUUUAAACCUGAAAAAAGUGGAGAUCUGCAAGGUUUUUCUAAUAUAAAUAAAUCUGAAACGAUAUUAGAAUUUCAAAAUUCUAAAGAGUUGGCAACAGCAGACAAUAAUGUUAAAAAACUUUUUUCUCUGGAGUUUGCUCCGAAAAAGUGUGCAAAUAAUUUAUAUAUUAAGAAUAUGAUGAGUAAAGUACAAAGACACGAAUUAGAUUUCAGUACUAUUGAAACGAAAAUAGCUAGGUGGACAGGUAUAAUUCGAGCACUACAGGAAUCAAUGGAAAGGUUUCCAAGAAAUAUAAGAAUGAAAGUAACACUUAAGGAGUUAAUAGACCGAAGAAAAAAACAUUUAAAAUAUCUUCGUCGAUGGGAUUACAAAAAGUUUGAAUGGUUACUAGAAACUCUUGAUUUAGUUUACAAACCUCCACCUAAUCAUUUUCACUGGAUUACUAGGAAAGAAUCAUUGAAAAAACUUACUGAUAAAUAUUGUGAUGGUAUAAAAGAAGAAAGAUUAAAGGCUUACAGGCUCACUUUAGAAAAUGAACAACCAGCCUUUUUAGAAGAAAAAAUUCGAACUUUGCAGUUCAUUAGAGAUGAACAAAAAGCAUGCAAUGUAGUAGUAACCGUUACAGAGGAAGAGAUUAAUGAUGUGAAGAACCAGUUGGAAGAAUUAAAAAAGAAAAAUGCCGAAUCUAAUAAUCAGUUGAAUUAAAUGUAUUGUAAAUUGUUUCAAUAUCAAUGUUGUUCUAGCAACGGAAUAUAUGAUAUUGACAAUAUUGGUCA